UUAUGGGUAGUAGAAAAUACGUUACGAUAGGUUGGUUAUGUAAACUGAUUCACGAUAAACUAAAGUACACAAUAGGUAUUUUUAGAGGUUAUCAGCCUAAAGGUGGAUCUUUGAUUUGCGUGGAGGUUCUCAUAGACUCGGCUAUUGCUAGUUAGAUUGAAACGUUUAAAACGACAAAAAAGCUUUCGAAAGCGCCCCUUGUUUUGGUCGGAGCUCUAAAGGCAAAUCGAGGAACUGCACCUUGAAGCGCAAGGCAGGUCACAUCUUUUUGGUUGUGCAAACUAAAAAGGCAAAGGAUAAAUCCACAAGCCGUCUAACUUCUUGAAAUGAAAACGGGAAAGGGUUUUGUUAUUCCAUAACUACGGAAUACGCGGUGAUGUGAAUAUUUCUAGGUAGAAGUAUUGACGCUGUUUUUUGUUAGCGAAAUGGUUUUACCGAGAAACUCAGUGUAUUACACGGUAACCUGAAAGGUAAUACGAUUUUACAGACCAGACCUGCAGGUGGUAACAUUAAUAUUGCUAGCUAGCUGGUUCGAUUACGUUACAUCAUGAUGAACAACUACGUGAAAGUGGCAGUACCACCCAAACAAAACGACAAACAAAUGACAUCACCCAGUGCAAAUCAAAGCGGAACAGGCGUCUUUUACCAAGCAAUGCCUGCUGUGGGUGCUGACGGAAAGAACGUAAUGAAGCUAAUACCAGUUCAGAGAGUCAAUGGACAGUUUGUUCGAAUGCAGAACAGCAAUAAUCUACCAAACACUUAUAAAAAAGCUGAUGUGGAGCCGCAAAGACUGUAUGCCCGCCCCAUUCACCUCUCUCCUAACCCAGUUUCCCAGAGUAAUGUUCCCAUUCUUCAGCCCACUGUCAAUGGGAGGUACAUUCUAAAAAGACCACCAGAUGUGAACGUUAUGCUGAACCCAGUUAGUGGAACAGGAAAAUACCAUGAGAGAAUGACUGUAUCAGCUAGCACCCCAAUACAGGUUCAUGAGAGAGUGACUGUAUCGGCCAAUACCCCAAUACAGGUUCAGGUUCCCAUAGUUGCCACUAAAGUGGCCCAAAACGUUUUGCCUGUGGCACCGCCUGUGCUGAACUGUGGGAAGACACUGACACUUUUCAAUAAGAAACAGUUGCCGGUCACUGUGAAAUCACCAGUGCUUCCAAAUGGACAUUACCUUCAAAUACCACCCAAUGCACAAGUAAAAACACUCCCUGCUUCUGCACUUCCUCAGGCCGUUAAGAAACGGAUAUUAACUCCACCAGUCAGUAGUGCUUCAGGUGCCUCCAAUACCAUGACGAAUCUACCAACUGUUGUGUAUGUGUCACCAGUAAACACCAUGAAACUGGGCGCUUCACAGCAGGCUCCAGCAGUCUGCCCUGCAUCCACCCCAGUCAAUCGAUUGCCAAAGCCUUCUGGUCAGCCGUUGCCAACAUGUCCUCCUGCAAGCCCAACCCAACCGUUAAAAUCUCUUACUAAGGAAACCCAAGAUCCAGUCACUCCAAUAAAGUGGGUAGUUCAAGAACAUUCUGACUCAGAUGCUCCAUGCCUUGUUCCCCAGAAUUCCUCCUCCAUGACUUCAGAGAUUCUGAAAGCUCUGGCCCAGAUGGAGAAGGCUAACAGUGCAGGGCAAAACGCUGCAACAAAGCCAGCCUCUCCACAGCACAAUCCCACGCGAGCUGGACCAGGGAAGGAUAAUGCAUUAGUCAUGUGCAAUGGGAAGGUGUAUUUUGUGGCCAAGAAAACACCUGAAUUUGGUGAGGAUUCGGUUCAUACAGUUAGUAGAAUAGUCCACAGCCCUUCCAGGCACACGACGGGGGAUGGUAACAUUAAUGAGGCAGAUAAGACCUCACCACCGAAGCUGUUGUCUAGUGCUUAUCCCGGACUGCAAACAACAGCUUCAUUUAGACAAGGUAGCGGGCGCAUUCUUAUCAACGAUGGACCAGAUGAAAUAAUCGAUUUGUGUGACGAUGAUCCCCAGGAUAACGAUGUGAGCCAGAUUCAACCCAACAACAGCCUGCCUCAGUCAGCCAUCAGUCAGUCUGCAGCUGAGGAAGAUGAUGACUGCAAUGUCAUAUUCGUCUCAUAUAUCCCACCCAAAUCGACAUCUGAACCCGGGGACCAUGAAAGUGAAGUUGUCCAGGAUAAGGAACAUAGUCAGGAGAAAGUAAACAAUGCGGAAACUGGCCACGAAAUGGGAGGUGGUCAGGAAGAUGGACCAUGCCGGGAGAGUGAACCUAAUCAAGAGACCAUUAUUGGUCAGGAUGCAGAAAGUAGCCAGAACAUGGAAACCAGUCAAGGGAAGGAUAAUGAAUCUGAACAGGAAACUGUUCCAACCGUACCUGCUAAACUUGGGGAGAGCACUGUUGGUGUAGGUUUGGAUCACCAUGUAGUUGUUCCAGAGCAGAAGGACCAUCCUGACCUGGAUCUUCAGCUGAAACAGAGAUUCGGAAUCAGAUCCGAUGUUAAGAUUUGUUUACAAAGGAUUAAUUCUACAGAAUCCAAGGUAGUUCCGAAGAAAGGGCCAAAAAUUGGCUCAAUCAACAAGCGUACAUUAGAUGGUAUCCGCAAGCUGAUCCAGGGGUCACGGAUUGAACUGAAAACGAAAAAGAUUAUUGAAACUCAGGUUUCAUCUAUGAAGGGAAAAGCAGAAUGCAGCAAUCCUCAUGACCCUAAACGAAAGAAAGUGGAGGCCCCUGAGGAUGCUGCUGAAGUGGUUACAGAUUCAGGGGCUGUCUUAAGACCAUCUUGCAGCACAGACACAAGUGCAAAAACAACUAAAGAAAGGCAAGCCAUCAGUCCUUCUGCAGGGAGUGACGCUUCAGUUCAGCCUUUAGAAAACUCAGUGCUGGAGAAAAAUGUGGAGAAAGACUCAACCUCUAGCAGCAGUCUAGCAGAAGUGACAAAAGACAUGCCACCAAAUGUCAUCCAGCAAGCCAAGGUUUGUAUGGAGGACCAAACCACAACGUCCAAUAGCAUCCCAAAACCCAAGGCCGUGCAGUCAAAGUCUCGGAAAGGAAAAGGGAAGCAAAGCAGAGUUCUGGCGGUGACGUUAGCCAACAAGAUCCCAGAGGCAGAAAGCACGGACAUCUCACCAGUUCCAAAGGACGACUCCAGUUCUUCUGAGAUACAGAUCAGUAGAAAUUAUGACAGUGAGAUCAAAGCUGAAAUGUCCCCAGAGGUAGCUAUGCAAGAUGAAGAAGAGCCAUUUAAUACCUGUGGGGAAGGUGAAGAGCCAGAUUCUAUGGAGAUAUGCUGCCCGUCCACCUUGAGUGAACCAAGCUACAGUAUCACAGGUGAACCUCCAGGUGGCGAUGUUUUCAAUUCAACACCUAUGGACUCAGAUGAAAUCAAGCGACAUGAAAAAAUCAAACGGCUGAAGGAACUUCUAAAAGAAAAGGAAGCAGCCCUUGAAAUGAUCAGAAAGAACAUGAUGUAAUUGAUAAUUGUUUUCAUGUUGAUAUUGUUCCACAUGUUUAAUGCAAUGU